AUGGGAUCGCCCGUGAAAGCUCGUGAAUGGGAGAAAACACUGAAAGUCAAGUGUCGUCUCUGCGGUGGUAUACGUUGCAAGCGAUGCAGUGAAAGUGCGGCACUAGCGAAACAAGAUUCCCCAGUAAAGGGAUUGCACGCUGACUGGGUUGUCGAUUGCGCCUUGGCCAUGAUGCGUCCGUCUUCCCGACUCAUGAAUGAAUACAAAAUCGCAGAGCAGUUCCACAAACUGAAUAUCACGGCUGUGUUCAACUUGACUCUUCCUGGGGAACACCCGUAUUGCGGUGACGGUCUUGGCACCAGUGGCUUCCCGUAUGACCCGGAGAAAGAUCUCAUGGCUGAAAACAUUCGGUUCUAUAAUUUCGGUUGGGAAGACAUGACCACGCCCACGUUGUCUUUCAUGAUGGAUAUUGUCAAGGUGAUCGCAUCCGUUUUGCUCACUGGCCAUCACAAGGUAGCUGUGCAUUGUCAUGCUGGCUAUGGACGUACAGGUAUCACCAUUGCAUGUGCCCUCAUCUUCCUCCACAAUAUUCCACCUGAGCUAGCAAUUCGUUUAGUGCGUCGAGAUCGACCUGGGUCAGUCCAAACGGCAGGACAAGUUCAGUUUGUACAUGAUUUCCACGCGUACCUCAACGCUGCUCGAGUUGUAUUCGCCUUGCCGAAAAUUCAUGAUCGAUUUACACUUGCAGAGACUGUGGAGCAUCAGAAUCGUCGUCUACAUGGCGAAGGAGCGGUAAAUUCCAGUCUACCGCGAGUUCUUGACUUCCUUUGUGUCCAGCUGGAAGGUGCCGUAUCAGCAUCGUCCGACGUUAUGGCAGUUGCUUCAGCUUUCGUCAAUCAUCUAUGCGUUCGUCAGCAAGAAGCUUGGCCUCGGACGAUUGAAUGUACGAAAGAAUUCUAUUGUCCGACAUCCUCGGAUAACGCUGAAUUGCUUGAUCGACAUCGACAGUUCAUCGGAGGAGCAGUAAACGAGUCUCUCAAAGACAGUGACAGUAUUUCGUUUGACGCUAUUGAGGCCCCAGAACCUACGACCAGGGAGCAACUAUUCCCAAUCAAAGUCGGCUUCAACGUCGGUGAAUGGAACUGGGAAGAAGCCUCAGCGUUGUGUCCGAAUGCCUCCACUCGUGCAGUUUUACUGCUUGACUGGCUCGAACAUCUACGUGAGCCUUUGUUAAACAGCCCACUUGUAGAGAAAUUAUUGCACGUUUCUCCGGUGCCACCGCUAAAACUCCCUACGACAGCCUAUGGCCAUGCUGGUUUGAUCCACCAUACUCGAAGCGAAAGCGAAACGCAAGGCAAUUCAAUCAACAGCAGCUACCAGUUUCAAGGCCUCCACCAAUUACCAGCAUACGCCAUGCGAUCUCUGGACCGGAUACUGUCGUGUUUGCGUGUUCUCGAGGCCAAAUUGAAGCAAUUCGCGACAGGAGACGUUCUGUUUGAUGCAGUUUGUGCACGCACUGCGAUGGCUUUAUUCCAUCUCUCCCCCACUAGCUGUACAACGUCAUCACUGCGACGUCAUACGGAUUGUGUGGCGCUGUUGGUCGACAAGUGGCAUGCUCCAAAGCGCCUUGAACUCAACUUGGAAUCGCUUCAGAAGCUCAGCGUUCAUAGACCUUCAUCUUGCCGUCUCACUCAAUCGGCCAGCACUAUCAACUACAGCUCCGAACUCGGAGUUGAGGCAAACAAGCCUCACUUGACUGCGCGCUCAGCUACACGUACACCGCGUGAACCGAAUGGCAAUUUGCCAGGUACUUUAAGUGACGAUAUGGCGGACUCCUUGUUGCCACCACAGACAGUGACUACCGAGCCGCUUGGCACGUAUUCACCGCAACAGCCGCAUAAACCUCAUGGUGAAGCACUUCCAAGACCAAGUAUUUCCUGUGGUGUUAUCACAUCUUCUCCACGACCGUCACCAAGAUCAUCAUCCCCGAUCAAGAUCGACCCCAUCCUAGCCAGCCUCAGACGAGAAGAGGAUGGUAAACCACAAUGUUUAUCGCUACCAUCAACGCCCAAGAAGAUGGAUCUGAGCCCAUUGGCUCCACAACUCCUGCCAGAGAAAGAGUCCGAGUUGAGCGACGACAGCUUUGGGAUGACGUUCUCUGCAGAAUUCACAGGUACGAGUCUUCAAAUGGACCCACCUGCGCUUCCAAGUGUACGUGAUGGAGGACGCUACAGUAGAAGAGCAGGAAAUACAGUCAAAUAG